UCUUCCACAAGCAAGCCAACAGAUAAAAAUAAAAAAACACUUACUAAGAUGGUAAAGUCCAAUGUUGUCCCAAAAUUAUACAUUGAAGGUGUGCAAACAAUUCCACCGGUGAAGAUCACCGAGCCAAGACAGGUCCGUCGAGUACUAACGGCCGACGAUGAUCCAAUUGGUCUAGGUCUCUUUGGCCAUUGCCUGCAUGUUGUUCUUUACUACAACAAGGCAGCCAAGGAGGAUUCCGGUUGGUUUCACGCCGGAUGGAUGAAGGAGUCACUGGCUAGAAUUUUGCCAGACCAACCCAUGAUCGCCGGACGCCUCCGGCGUGGUGAUGUCGACGAUGAUCAUCAAGAACUAGAGGUUGUUUCCAAUGACGGCGGAGUUAGGUUCAUCGAGGCUCGAGUUCCCGUAACUUUGUCUGAGUUUCUUGAUUCAAAGAGUAGGCAAGAUGCAGAAACCGAGCUUGUUUUUUGGAAAGACAUUGAUGAACAGAAUCAUCAAUUCUGUCCAUUAUUUUAUGUUCAGGUCACAAAUUUCGAUUGUGGUGGAUAUUCAAUUGGAAUAAGCUGUAGUAUUCUUCUGGCUGACCUUCUUUUCAAAGGAAAUUUCCUCCAAAAAUGGGCUAAAAUGCACAACAAUAUGCUGUACAAAAACAAUGUUCCAGAAAUACCCAUUUUCUACCUUCCUAAUCUCAAGAAAGAUCGUCGUCCCGUAUCAUCAAGCCUUUUCAGCUCUAAUACAAGAAAAAACAAUGGCCAAACAUUCAUCUUUGAUAUUGACACUAAAAGUAUCGAUUCGGUAAAUAACACCUUUAGCGACAAACUUGCAUUGCUUUGUGUUGAGGAGGCGGAGAGCAAGCUUGGAAGCAAAAUGGCUUCGGAAUUUCCUCUGUUCCUGAAUGAACCAAGUAGGAAAAUAAUCAAAGUCGAAAAGUGCUCGAAACACGAAGAUUUCAAUAGAAAGCUAAGCCGUGGAGUUAGCAGUGAAGGUUGGGAUUGUCUUGGAGCAGGAGCGGUUGAAUUUCUUGGUGGGAAUCAACCUGUUCACGUUUCAUAUUGGCUUGGAUCAAUUUCUGGAGGACUUGUUCUGGCAAUUCCAGAUUCUGAUCCCGAUCAUGAGGCCAUAUAUGGAGGAAAAAUUAUGGUCACAAUUCCUAAAGCGAAUCAAAUUUAGUAGGCCAUAUAAGGUGUGGUCCAUAUAUAUGAAUUAGUUCCAUCUUUAUCCCUUUGAAUAUUUGUACGUGGGGCUAGAUUUUCAUAUUGGCUUAGAAAUUAUAAUCAGUGUUAUAAUAAUGAUAAAAGUGGGACUACUAAAUGAUAUAAUAAUAAUCAAAAUGGGAUUACUGUCCUAUGGUGUGAUAAGUACUCGAAUGUCAAAGUGACUAAUUGUGUGUGUAAGUUGAAAUAUCACUUUCUUUGGUUUGCUGUCAUUUUGUACACACGUACAAGGGAUUUAAUUAUAUUAUAAAUAAUAUGUACUAUUUCACUCUUACUGAAAUAAAUUGAGUUUGUUAA